AUGGAGGGACUUGGCACAUGGAAGCAGCUCAACUGGAUCGCAAAGGAAGAAGGGAGAAGCCAUCUUGAAGACCAGCUCGACCGUCCACUCGACCAACCGGUCGAGUUCCUCAACUCGACCGGCCAAGCUUCAACUCGAUCGAGCUGGAGUCAAACCUUCACCUUGGGAAAGGGUUGGCUAGGCAUUGAGAAGCCCAAUAUCAAGAGAAGCCUUGAUACAAGGAGUUUUAAGAGCUAG